AAUUCAUCUUGUCAACAAACCCAAAUCAUUCUUAUUGGCUAUAUCUUUAUCACCUUCGCUAUAAAUUUUUCACAAACCCAAAUCAUUCUUCGCAAUUCAUUUUCUAUCAAACUAGAUUUCUCUUUUCCCCUCAGGAUUUCUCGUUCUCUCGCAAUACCUAGCUCUCAAGAUGCAAAUCUUCGUUAAGACCCUCACCGGGAAGACUAUCACUCUCGAAGUCGAGAGCUCAGACACCAUCGACAACGUUAAGGCAAAGAUUCAAGACAAGGAAGGCAUCCCCCCGGACCAGCAGCGUCUCAUCUUCGCCGGCAAGCAGCUCGAGGACGGCCGCACACUCGCUGACUACAACAUCCAGAAGGAAUCAACCCUUCACCUUGUCCUCCGUCUCCGUGGUGGCAUGCAGAUCUUCGUUAAGACCCUCACCGGAAAGACCAUCACUCUUGAGGUCGAGAGCUCCGAUACAAUCGACAACGUCAAGGCCAAGAUCCAAGACAAGGAAGGCAUCCCUCCGGAUCAGCAGAGGCUCAUCUUUGCCGGCAAGCAGCUCGAGGAUGGUCGCACACUCGCCGAUUAUAAUAUCCAGAAGGAGUCCACACUCCACUUGGUCUUGAGGCUUCGUGGUGGCAUGCAGAUCUUUGUAAAGACCCUUACCGGAAAAACCAUCACCCUUGAGGUAGAGAGCUCCGACACCAUUGACAACGUCAAGGCGAAGAUCCAGGAUAAGGAAGGCAUCCCUCCGGACCAGCAAAGGCUUAUCUUCGCCGGCAAGCAGCUCGAGGAUGGCCGCACCUUGGCCGAUUACAAUAUCCAGAAGGAGUCCACACUCCACUUGGUCUUGCGGCUUCGUGGUGGCAUGCAGAUCUUUGUGAAGACCCUUACCGGAAAAACCAUCACCCUUGAGGUAGAGAGCUCCGACACCAUUGACAAUGUUAAGGCCAAGAUCCAGGAUAAGGAAGGCAUCCCUCCGGACCAGCAAAGGCUUAUCUUUGCCGGCAAGCAGCUCGAGGAUGGCCGCACCUUGGCCGAUUACAAUAUCCAGAAGGAGUCAACCCUCCACCUUGUGUUGCGUCUCCGUGGUGGCAUGCAGAUUUUUGUUAAGACCCUCACCGGAAAGACCAUCACUCUUGAGGUGGAGAGUUCCGACACAAUUGACAAUGUGAAGGCCAAGAUUCAAGAUAAGGAGGGCAUUCCACCGGACCAGCAAAGGUUGAUUUUUGCUGGUAAGCAGCUUGAGGAUGGAAGGACCCUUGCUGAUUACAACAUUCAGAAGGAGUCCACCCUUCACCUUGUGCUCCGCCUCAGGGGAGGGAUGCAGAUUUUUGUGAAGACUUUGACCGGUAAGACCAUCACCUUGGAGGUGGAGAGCUCCGACACGAUUGACAAUGUGAAGGCUAAGAUUCAGGAUAAGGAAGGUAUCCCACCGGACCAGCAGAGGUUGAUCUUUGCAGGGAAGCAGUUGGAAGAUGGAAGGACCCUUGCUGACUAUAACAUUCAGAAGGAGUCCACCCUUCACCUUGUGCUGCGUCUUCGUGGUGGAUUUUAAGUGUGUCUUGGAUGGUUGUGUGUUUUGUGAACUUGUGCAAGUGUAAUUGGGGUCCUUGUAUGACCCCUUAUAAUAAAUUUGCUCUCUGCUACCUAGUAUAUUGUUGACAAUUCCGUUCUACAUUUAAUAUCAAUCUUUUAUAAUUAAA